UAGCAAGAAACACUGGGCUACUAAUGGCGAGCACGUACUUGUGAGCAGGAACACGCUCCUUUGUAGGCCCCACCAUAAAGUGCACAUCACUUAGCAACUCGUUAUUAAACAUUAGCUCGUUUCGUUCACGAACUGUCGUAGCUUUUAGCUGCCAUUUAUCGGAAGUCGAAGAAGUYGCUCCGGCCGCCAUCUUUGUUGACAUUUGUGAAUGAUUAGCAUACAAUGCGAGUAGCAUUAUGGGAUAGGGCAAAGGAAGCCCAAACUUGAUUGGCACAUUCGGCUACAUUUCAAUAAGCCCUCGCCCUAGUUUGGCGGGGAAAUGGCGUCUUUUUAGAUAAGUAAUGGAAGUAAUCGACAUACGUUUUGACACAUAUUUUGUAGAAGUAGUCAUUUAGUACGACUGAUGCUGGCCUUUUUGUCUGAAUGUUUUCAAUCAAUAUCAARCCAGAGAAGUCGUCGAAUUUGUAGUUCAAAUAUUCACAUCAUCGUAUAUCUUUUCUCUUUUAAUUCAAGAAUUUGUUUGUGMUUGGGAUUUCUGUGAUUUGCUUCCUGAUUAAUAAGAAUAUUACAUCUUCCGCAUUGGCAAAGAUAAAGCCAUAAUUACAAGCCACUUAAAUUCGCUUGUUCGAAGGGCAUUUACRUGGAAGCUUCUAGAGCAUAUGUAUUAUUAUAACGGUAUUAUGGUAUAACUGUACCAGAAUGAGAAGGAAUAUUUCAUAAUCGCUCAUGUUCAUUUCAUGGGCGCGGCUUAAGAACAUUUGAUCGCUUCUUGAACUUCAAUUUAUGCACAUUUAAAAGUUAUUCUAAAAUAAGAAGAAAAUAGACUAAAAUAAACAUCUUGAAACAUCUUAAGUCACUUGGAUUAAUCCUCUCAAGGCAAAUUAACAACUAGGGUUUUUAUAUCAAGACGUAAGGAGAUUUAAASACUUUAAUUAGAGAAGUAUUUCUUAAACAUCUAUUUUUGUUUUUUUUUUCUCCUUUUUAUCACUCUGUUUAUAAACAUUGUAAGGCUAUUUGCGCAGCCCUUUUUAGUGUUYGGUCAUGUGAUAAUAAGUUCUGAAUUGAGAGUUACUAUUCUAAAUUGAAAUUUGACAUUUAAAUUAAGAUAUUGUGAACGCCGGCUACAACAACAYAAGAUUACUUUGCAACGUAGGUAUUGCCAUAAUCAUCUGUAAUACGCAAAUCCAUUAGGUUUUGCGCUAGAGCUAAUUCUUGUUAUCAGUAACAGGUUGGUGUUUGCCUUCUUUUAGUAAUUUUAACAUGGSCCAGAAGUCAGCUCAUCUAAGAGUAUAAUCCGUUUAAAAUAGACAGGUUUUAAUGAUUUAAUUUGGAUUACAACUCAAGGCUAUUCCUACAACAAAAGUAAUACUUAAAGACGUAGAAAGAAGAAUUCAACUGCCAAACAAUAACCUUGUAAACGUUUAUGGAAGCGUGUAAUGUGCAAUUGUCUUAAAUGCUCACACGUGUAUGGGUAUAGGACCGUAGGAGGACAGCACAACGCGGAAAGUACUGAGAUAACAUCUCAMUGACACCUUGAACUACUUUAGGGUUUACAAACAAACAAACCCACCAACAAGAUAAUAAUGGCAUCGUAUAAAAGGAUCAGAACUUGAGGUGGUGCAUUCACUGUCUGGAUGAAAGGAAAGCAAGACAAUGUUUCUGUGUUGGGUUUUUGCGUUUCCCGUCAAUGUCAUAGUUUUGUCUGUUCUGACAUAYAGUGAUCGCACUCUAGCUGUAUCUAUAGCACUAUCAAAAAACASAACCAUGGUACUUGAUAAUGUAAAAAACCCUUUUAUAAAUAGCAAAGAGUUUCCUAAUAAAGAAAGGAUAGAGAGACUCUUGUGGUUAACGAGAUAUAAAUCAUUUCAACCGCAAGAAGUUAGAAUCCGUCAAACCCAUAGCAACGAUCAUCAAAAUCCCUGCGAUGUCAACACACAGGAGUUAGACCCAAAAGAUUUCUUCAAAACCAAUGACAAUUUUUUUCCUAAAAGCUACCAAAGAACAACUUGUAGUGGAAAGAUAGGCUCCAGACUAUUACCAGUUUGUAUUUACGGAGCUUACGAUUGCGUUACACUAUAUCAGGACAUAUCGUUUAUGCGCAUGCCUAGUAAGCACUGUCGUACUUGGUAUCAUGUCAUAAUCCGUGAGGUACCUGUAGGCUGUGCCUGCAUGUGGCCACGAUAGGAAAGUCAUUUCAUUGGACGACGAUUUUGUAUCGUUUUUGAUUCUUUUAUUAAACUGUUGACUUAUAUUAUAUUAUAUUGAGGCUCUUGAUUACCUAAAAAGCAGUUUGUCAAUAUUUGCGCAUUCAACGAUGUGUUUAGAACAAUGAUAUAUUUAGUCUGAAGUUAUUGGACAUUGUUAGGGGAAUGACAUUUAGAAUUAGCUUCUGUCAAAUUGUUUUUAAUUAAAGGAGUAGCUGAGAAG